CCGGAGUUUCACCGUUUAACGGGUGUCAGGGCUGUGCCUGGCGAGGGGGGCUCGCAGGGCUCCUGAGGAGGCUGGACGUUUGAUCUGAGAGCAUUUUAGCAUCUCCUUGGGGUGCUUUCCUCUUUCUCCAGUUGGCUCUAGCAAGCAUCAUGAGGCUUCUAAGUCGUUUUACCACAUCUUUUGAUGCCUCCGAAGAAGAAAUGUACCCACAAGGCCAGGAAGGCAGAGCUGGUAUUCCUUGAGAGGCCGCGAGAGGGACCCGUCAGUUGCUAUGAAACUCCCCUACUUUCGGCCGAGAAUCCAAGACAUGUUCCUACAAAACCUGUGGACCAGAACACCUCUGCUGCCUGGGUGUGCCCACAAUUUGAAACAACUAAGCCAGUGGUGUCGAAAGCAUGCCAGAAGCAUUGUGGUCCUCACAAACCCCAGGAUCACUAUGUCAACCACAGUUCCCUUCAUGCAGGAGGAGCUUGUCGAAGAGCUGUAGCCUGCAAAUUUCCUCCUUUAACUUUUGAGAAUCCGGAAGUAUAUCCAGCCCACCCCUCAGAUCAUCUGAACCACUUGAGGAAGAACACUCAGUGCUCUCACAGCCAGCCCAAGAAAGGGAUGGCAGCAAAAGCCAACAUCCAGGUGAACAGUCCAGAAAACUGUAGAGAAAUGCCUUUGAUACCAGCUCCACAGGCUGGGGAGCUGGAAGUCUUUAAUCCACCAGAUGUAGAGAUUCCGCAGGUGCUUUCCGCCAGGAACUGGAGAUGCAGCAGCAAUCUGCUACAAACAAGUAGCCAUGCCUGGCAUCCAGAAGAAGAGCUGGCAUUCGGUAUUGAUCCCUGUGGGAGAGGGGAGUCGGCAGCAAUACUGGUUGCAGAUACUCCCGAGCAUGAGUAUGGCGUAAAGGUUACCUGGAGGCAGCGGCCCCAACUAAUGAAAUACCUGCGGGAGAAAGGGAAGCUGAGUGCUGCUGACAUACUGGUGAAGGCGAACCUCGAGCUCUCGAGACAGGCUCACCUCUAA